AUGGAGGAUGAAGAUGGGACUUGUCUACUUGAUGUUUUGUGUGACCCCCAAGCCCUGAACGACUUCCUUCAUGGGACCAAUGAGCUGCAGACUGAAGACCUGCUCAUUAGCUCCUCCUCUGGGGAGCCCUCCCUCUUCACAGAUGCCCCGAGCCCCGUCUCUCUGCUGGGAGACGGCAGGGAUUCCCCAGACACGCCUCCGCCCGGGUGCGUGGACCUGUCCUUCCUGGAGGAGGCCCUCCUGUCGUCGCCGGAGGGCGGAGAAGACCCACAGGUGGUGCAGGGUGGGACGCCCGUGGAGGCCGCAUUCGAGGCAAAGAAAGGGGAGGUGGAGGAGGCGGAGGUGGCAUGCGAUAUCCUGCAGCAGAGCCUGCAGGAGGCCGAGAUCACGGAGCAGACCAUGGCUCUGGAGGCAGGGCUGUCCGGACCCGGGGACAGCCUGUCCCUGUACUCACCCGCCCCUCUCCUCCCCCCACCCUCCGUACCAUUCAUACCCAAAUCCGUGACCUUGCCCAUCGCCCACGCGUUGCCCAGAGACACCCAGGCAGCAGUGGAGCCUCCCCAGCCCUCCCUCCUGGCCGUCGGACCGGGCUGCCCGUCUCUAAAACCCGCUGCUCCUCCUCAGCUGAUGGGGCUCCUGCCUGGAAAUGUGUUUCCCGCUGCUUCACCGGAGACCUCCUUCUCUCUGAGUCCGGCCCAGGCGUCCAGUAUGAUCAUCCACAAGACUGUUCCCAGUGUGACCAGUCGUCCCCUUAUCACCCCGACCCUGAGAGCAGCAGCAGCAGCAUCGGGCCUCGUCCUGCAGCGGGCCCCUCUUCACAUCCAACCCAAGCUGCCCAUCAGCAUUCAGCCCAGACUGGUUCAGAUUAGCCCCAAGCCUUCUGGGCAAAAACACCCCCCAGGUCUUACAUUUGUCCCUGGGACUGCCUCGCCAAAUAUCUUACUCUCCCAGCCUCCAGGCCAAAAGCCUGCAGCUCCCCCGCCGCAGUCCAACCAGCAUCUCCACAAACCGGUCAGCCUGCAGCUGGUCAACCAGGGGGGCUCCUUUGUGCUCCAGCCUCAGGGACUCUUCCAAGGCCAAAACCAGUUCCUUCUUCCAGGCCAGUCCCCUGUUACGAUCUCCCAGUCCGCCAGCGCAGCUCGACCCCUGCUGACCCCCAGUCACCACGGCCCGUCGCUCCACGGCGUGAACCCCUCCACCGGGCAGCUGGUUGAAGGCUCUCAGAUCCUGACUGUGCCCCAGAGACAGCUGAACUUCGGCCCCGUCUUCACCACCCCUUCAGGGCAGCUAGCGCUCCGACAGGCCACCGUGCUUUCUGGACCUUUGCAGCUACAGUCAGCGCCCCCUACUGUCUUCCAGAUGCCGGCACAGCUGGCUGGAACCUACACUCCAGGAGGGCAGGGGCAGCGCACCACCCUGGUCCACAGUCCUGCCCUUGGAAACCACAUCACCUUGAUCAACAGUUCAGGGGUGCUGCCCCAAGAUCUCACUUCCAUCUCGAUCGUCAACGGGCCCUCCGUGGUUCAGGGUCUGCCUUUCACUACCCGGGCUCCGGCUCCUCAGACGAGAGUGACAGACGGACAUCUGAGCCUCCAUCAGGCCUCCGUGGUGCUGCUGCCAGAGAGAACCGUUCAGGAGGAGAGGGCCGGUCCAGAGGAGACCUUCCACCAGCUAACGCAGCCCUAUGGACAUGUCCUCCAGCACGUCUCGGUGCAGCCCACCUCUGCAGGGCUGCAGUCCUCCUCUCCCCCUGUGGUCACAGUCCUGCAGCCUCCUCCUGAUCCACCUCUGGCCCCCGAUCCAGCUGUGGAGAUCCCUAAACUCCUGAUGCCCCCAGCAGACAUGACCCGGGUAGUGGAGGAGGUGACCCACUCCAUGAGUCACAACGAGGCCUUUAUACAACAUCUGCAACAGCAAGACCUGAGUCCUCCCAUCACGUCUGAACUGCUGGUCGGCUCUCUGCCGGUGGUGCCGCUGGAGUCGCUCUCCUCCCCGUCAGCCAAUGAGAGAGAGACUCAACCAACGACCCAGGAAGUCUCGGGUCAGGACGCCGACCAGUGCGUCGAUGCUUCUCCGCUUCACUCAGACCCCGUGGACGCGCCGCUGAUCUGCUCCCCCUCCCCCGCCCAGGACCCAGAUGGACCAGCUCCACCCAGUUUCUCCCCUCAGAUCCCUCCACCCGGACCUGAGGGUUCAGUCACAGCUCCACAGACUCAAAUCGAGCCCCAAGUCCAGUACCAGGUCCCUCAUGAGCUCCAGGUCCCAGAGGCCUUGUUUGCCCAGAACAAGGUGCAGAUAGAGCCGUCGGUCUCUCAGCAUCCACCUCCACCCCAGGUCCAGGUCCAGGUCCAGGUCCAGUCGUCCGUCCCCCAGCCUCAGUCCUCUGUCUCCGCUUCAGUCCACAGCAGCCCCCCCCCUCUGCGUGUCUCGGUGCCUCAGCAGCAGUCUGAUCCCACAGCUGCGUCCGUUUGUCUCCCCAAAGGAGGAGACGACUCCGCUGUUCAACAGCACACACAAAACAAGCCAACAGCUGCCUUGGUCGUGGAGAGUAAAGCGUUUACUCUCGAUGUCCAUCCAUCCUCUCCUGCAGCCCCGGGGGCCCAGGUCCACGGGCCCCCGUAGAUCCAGACCAGCCAGAACACCAACACCAAGCUGGCAGAUCUUCUGGAGCAGCAGAGAGAGGAGAGGCUCACACCAGCAAUACGCCGGCAAAGGUUCCAGCAGCAGAUCUGUUCGGACCACGCAGCGGUUCAGACCCCCGUCAGCGGCCCGGCCUUCAACACGCUGAAGGACGCCGUGAGACGCCUGCUGCCGUACCACAGCUGCUCCGGUCACCUGCCCACUCAGGAGGACUUCAAUAUAGUGGACCAGGAGUUUGACUCCGUGUCCGGUUUCCUGCUGAAACGCACCAAGGACAUGGUCAACAAAUACAGGCAGCUACUGGUGAGAGAAGCCCAGCAGGAGAGUCCGUCAGCAGAGAUGGUGAUGCUGGAGCGUCUCUUCCUCCAGGCUGAGCGCUGUGCUUUAGCAGAGGACAGACGGAGAGUCCGCAGAGACCCAGAGUCUUUUAUGACAGCUUUGGCUACAUCAGCGUCUUCCCCCCACGGGGCCCUCACCUCCGGCUCCUCGCAGCGCUGCUCCUCCGUCAGCCCCUCUUCUCCACCAGCCUGGACCCGACUCUCCGACCCCCCGGGCCUGAAGACGUACCGCUCCAGCUCCCGCGGGGCCCUCAGGCUCACCAUCAAGCAGGAGUCCGGCUCCCGCAAGGUGGUCCACAACUCGGCCUGCGACCCGGGACUGAAGAGGGACCACACGGGUCAGCUGACCAACGGCGGCGGAGCUGCAAACGAACGCCACCCUGAGGCCGCCAACGGAGCCCCGCGGCGUCCUCAGCGGGACGAGGAGGGCUCCAACGGGCCCCCGCUGUGUAACGCUGCGGAGGAGGUCCCACAGACAGAACUCCUUUCCAAAAUAAAAGCCCCAAGCCCUCUUUCUAUGCCAGAGCCACAGGUUGGCUGCUUCGAGUUUCCUCCCAGAGAUGUCAGCGCCCCCAAACUGAAAUGCUACCGGCUGGACGAGUCGCCUCGGCCGGAGCGUCGGUUCAGCCCGCCGCCCCCCCACCUCCAGGAGGACAACAUGCUCAGUGAGCAUCUACAGAGCGCCAUCGACAGCAUCCUGGAGCUCCAGCGCCUGCAGGGCCCCUCUGCAGCCCCGACCAGGGCCACGUCAGGCCCUUCACUGGACCAGGCUGUCACCAGCAUCCUGGAGGGACACCUGUGA